AUGAAUUGUGUUACGCAUGCCUUUGUACGAAUAGCGAAUCACUCGAAGUACAAUGUGCUUGGAGUUGAGCAAAGCUGGGAGGGUCUCGCUGAAGGUCGAUUCAAGGAACUUAACUGGGGUAACGUCACCGGAUGGAUGUGUCGUGGAGGUUCAGAGCUCGGCUCGAAAAAACAGUUACCCACAAAUUUGAUUAAAAUUGCGCUCAUUCUGGGAGAGCAGAACAUAGAAGGAUUGCUGAUUGUUGGAGGAUUCGAGGUAUAUUAA